AUGCUUGUGCUGGUCAUAUGUCCUCUUUGUGACGGAACAUUCAAGAAGAAGCUCAAUGGAGUUACUGGAAAAGUUGUUGACAAUGUACUUGGCAGACACAAAACUGAGGCCUUUUUCCAGAACCGGCAGCAUAAACAUGAUAUGAAGUCAGCCAGUCAGAAGACUGGGAAAGCUCUGUCAGAGACUGAAACAAAAGAACUUCUGGACUAUGCAGAGAAGAUUGUGACCUGCUCCAUGGUAAAGGCAUCCAGUUCAAAGUGGUGGAUCAAGAUGGGAAAACGCUCUCAGAGGAGUCCUACCCGGGAACGAACAGCUCAGCCGGCAAAAAUCACUCUACGGCUGACCAAAGAACCUGAGAAAACACACAGUGAGGAAGGAAUCCUCUCUAAAGCAAAAGACAGAAUCCAAGGAGUGGAAAGUCCAUACAGUGGUCACUUUGACAUCAUCCAAGAUGGCAAAGUAAUCCCUGUGUGCUCAGAGAACAAGAACUGCCUGUACCAUGCCCUAGCACAGGCAACAUCUAACAGGUCAGAGGAUGAGAUCACGAGUCAAGCUGUGGAUCUACGAAACAAUGUUAAAGACCAGAUUAAAGGGAGCCUUCAGGCUUAUAGUGAAAUGGUUAAAACCCAGAAGGCCUAUGGUGCACUUGAGAAAAAUCAUGGAAAAUAUGCUAUAGUUGGAGGGGCCAGGAAUAGAAAACGGACGAAUGAUGGGGAAUAUGAACAUGAUAUCAGGCCCAUGAAGAAUUGUCCUUAUAGUUCCUCAGGGAUAAAUGAGUAUGACAUAGCCUUUACAUACAACCUUGGAUUAGUUGGUCCUUUCAAAAGCGUCAAAAACACCAAACUUUUCUCUGACAACAUGGGGGAAAGAGGCAUUGUGGAGGCAGACCAUAUCCCACCAAAGAAUUCCCUGAAGCUGGCCAGAGACCAAAAAUCUCAGAUGAAAAAUCUUCAACAGAAGAAUCCGAAGCUUGAUUUUGAUAUGAUUUAACAGCAUUGAAUCAGAUCAAAAUGGAGGGAACCUGCUCACAAUGCGGGUUCUCAAACAGCAUCACAGGAAUGCUCUAACCACUGGAAGGAGUAAGACAUCUGUCAUCUGCAGGAAGCUGCUGGCGGAUACACUUGCAAGCGGAGAUGUGGAGAAAUCACUGAAGUUGCCAGCCAGUAUUGCAAUGGAACAUUUAGAACGGUUUGCCGUUCUAAACAACACCCGUGCCAAUGUAUCCUCCAAACACCGGCUUCU